GCUGCUGGUGGUGAUUCCGACUCUCGGAGAGCAAUUACUGUGACGCAAUAACACCGUGAUUGAGAGAGUAGAAAAGAAGGGGGCGGAGCCUAACACUGUCGACAUAAUACGUAACCUCUUCCUUUUCCGGAUCUAUCUAUUUCCGUCUUACGGGGAAAGUAAGGAGGACCAAUCACAGGACCCAGGAGGAGCCGAACCCAUUCUUCCCUCCCUGUUUACGUGAUCGAGCGAGCGUUGCGUUUGGCUUCGAGGCAGUCCCGCGGAGUUCCGUUACCAUGACAACAGAAAAGCGCGGGAAAUCACUAUAAAUUGAAACUGAGGUAGCGCGCCAGGACACACAGAAGACCCUGUAAGAAAGAAGGUUUUCGCCAGGCCAGGUUCAGUGAGAGAGAAAAGAAAUGGAUUUAUCGACAGUCAGUAUUGAAGAAGUAAAGAAUGUCCUGCUUGAGAUGCAGAAAAUCUUAGAGUGUCCUAUCUGUCUGGAGUUGAUCAAAGAGCCUGUUUCUACAACCUGUGACCACAUAUUUUGCAAAUUUUGUAUGUUGAAGCUUCUCAGUAAGAAGAAAGGGCCCUCUCAGUGUCCACUGUGCAAGGACAACAUAACCAAAAGAAGCCUACGAGAAAGUACAAGAUUUAAUCAGCUUGUGGAUGGGCUGCUGAAAACCAUUCGUGCUUUUGAGCUCGACACAGGAUUCCAGUUUUCAAAUAGUCAGGAUUUUUCAAAAUGGGAGAAGAGGACUCCUGAGCCUCUAAAGAAGGAAGCUGCUAUCAUUCAAAGUAUGGGCUACAGAAACCGCACAAAAAGAUUCCGAGCCAGUGAACCAGAAAACCCAACAUCGGCAUCCAGUCUUGGUGUCCAGCUCUUUGACCUUGGCAUCAGAAAAGGUUCCCUGAGGAGGAAGCAAAAGAAAUGCGUUAAAAAUAAUGCUGUCUACAUUGAGUUAGGAUCCGAUUCUUCUGAAGAUGGUGUAAAAAAUGCAGUCUGUAACAGUGUGGAAGACCAAGAAUUGUGCCAAACCUCGCCACAAGGAACCAGACAUAAAGUCAGAUUAAAGCCCAGGGGAAAAGCUAAGUCUGAGUUACCUGAGGGGACCAUAAAGAGCCUGCAGCAGCAUCAGCCUGACACCGAAGAUGUGCAUGGCAUCGAGGAGAAUGCCACUGAGGGACAUCCAGACGAGUCUCAGGGUAUUUCUUCCUCGAACUUGAAUAUGGAGCCAUGUGGCACAGACACUCAUGCCAGUUCAUUACUUCCUAAAACCAGCAGUUUAUUGCCCAACACAGACAGAAUGAAUGUAGAAAAGGCUGAACUCUGCCAUAAAAACAAACAGCCUGCCUUAGGAAGGAACCAAGAGAGCAGUCUCGAUGAAAGUAAGGAAAUAUGUAGCCCUGGGAAGACCCCAGGUGCCUGUGAGCGGCAUGAGCUGAAUGACCAUCAUCUGUGUGAGAGGCAAGGCCUAGAGGAGAAGCCGCAGCACCCUGAGAGCCCUAGAGGUAAUCCUCAGAACUGCCUGUCUGGAACCAAACUGAAAAGCAGCAUUCAGAAAGUUAAUGAGUGGUUAUCCAGAAGUAGUGACAUUUUAGCCUCUGAUAACUCCAACGGUAGGAGCCAUGAGCAGAGCGCAGAGGUGCCUAGUGCCUUAGAAGAUGGGCAUCCAGAUACCGCAGAGGGAAAUUCUAGCGUUUCUGAGAAGACUGACCCAGUGGCUGACAGCACUGAUGAUGCCUGGCUACAUGUGCCUAAAAGAAGCUGUCCCAGGCCUGCAGAAAACAAUAUUGAAGAUAAAAUAUUUGGAAAAACCUAUCGGAGAAAGUCAGGUCACCCUAAUUUGAAUUAUGUAACUGAAAACUUGUUUGCUGAAGCUGUGGCUCCUGAUUCCUUGAUCCCUCUAGAGGCUCCCAAAAACACCAGGUUAAAGCGUAAAAGAAGGAGCAUAGCUGACCUGCAGCCUGAGGAUUUCAUCAGGAAGACGGACGUUCCAGUUAUUCACAAAACCCCUGAAAAGAAAAAUCACUCUGUUGACCAAAUUCUCAAAAGAGAACAAAGUGACCAAGUGAUGAACACGGCUAACAGUCUUCCUGAGCAGAAAGCCCUAGGUGGUCAUGUAGGGGAAGUGAAAGAUGUUCAGGUAUUAGAGCUGUUCUCUGCGGAGAAAGAAUCCACUUUCAGAACUGGAACAGAGCCUGUAGCUGGCAGCACAAACCAUGGGGAGCUUGAAUUAAAUAGUAGAAAUGCCAAAAUGACAAGAAAAGACAGGCUGAGGAAGAAGCCUUCAGCCAGGAUCGUCCGUGCUCUUGAGCUCGUAGUUGAUAGAAACCCAAGCUCUUCUAAUGAGAGUGAACUGCAGAUCGAUAGCUAUCCCAGCAGUGAAGAGAUAAGGAAAGGAACUAAUUCUGAACAGAAGCAAAUCAGACGCAGCAGAAGGCUUCGGCUGCUAUCAGAAGAAAUUGUGGUUGGAGCCAAGAAGGCCCAUAAGCCAGAUGACCAAGCAGAAGAAAGUUGUAUCAGUGAAGUUUUCCCAGAACUAAAAAUAGGAAACGUGCCUGCCUGUGCUACUGACAGUCUAACUACUGAUAGGGAUCAAGUGUUAGCUAGCUGCAGUUUCACAGAAGAAAGAGAUGAAAGGAGCCUGGAAGCAAUCCCAAGCAGCAAAGACCAAGAUCUGCCCUUGAAUGGAGGGGAGGGGUUGCAAGGUGAAAGAGCCCCAGGAAGCCUGGAGGCUUUGGAGGUUCCUGAUACUGAUUGGGACACUCAGGACAGUACCUCAUUGUUUCCAGCUGAUACUCCCCAAAAUUCAAAAGCAGGACCCAGUCCUCACAGAAGCCACAGUGAAAUAAUGGAAACCCCCAAGGAACUCUUAGAUGGUUGUUCAUCCAAAAACACUGAAAGUGACGAAGAAGAUUUGAGGAGCCUGAUGAGACAGGAAGUUAAAAAUGCCUCCAAGACAACCACAGAAAUGGAGGAUAGUGAACUCGACACCCAGUAUUUACAAAAUACCUUCAAACGUUCAAAGCGCCAGUCAUUUGCUCUGCGUUCUAGCCCAAGGCAGGAAUGUAGGAAACCCUCUGCUGUCCCUGGGACUGUAAAUCAGCAGAGUCCAGAUAACACCACAGAUUGUGGGGGCCAGGAAAAAGAAAAGCAGGGAAACAGAGAAUCAAACAAGCCUGUGUGGCCAAAGUCUGCAGUCAUGAGCUUAGCUGCGGCUUGUCAGACAGAGGAGAGGAAGCCAGGUGUUUAUGCCAAAUGUAGCACCACAGAAGUGUCCAGGCUUUGUCACAUAGCUCCAUUACAUGGUGUCAUUGACUGUGAACACAUUGCUGGAAACAACCAGGGAAUUUCGCAAGUUCCUGAUCAAAAACCAUCAGUUUCUCCAGCAAGGUCAUCUGCUAGUAAAACUAUAAAUACAAAAAACCUCCUGGAGGAAAGGCUUGAUGAACAGACCACAUGUCCUGAAACAGCUAUGGGAAAUGAAAGCUUAGCCCAAAGCAGCUUAAGUCCAGUAAGCCAAAGUAAUAGCAGAGAAUAUAUUUCUAAAGCAACUGACUUAAAUAGAUUUAUCAGCAUAGGCUCUAGUGGAGAAGGCAGUCAGGCACAAAAAGGUGAAAACAAAGAAUCUGAAUUAAAUACACAACCCAAAUUAAAGCUUGUGCAACCCCAAAUCUGUCAACAAAGCUUUCCUCAGGAUAAUUGCAAAGAGUCUAAAAGAAAAGGGAAGGGAGGAAAUGGAAAAUUAGCUCAGGCCAUCAGUACAGAUUCAUCUCCAUGUUUAGAACAAACUAAAGAGAGUACACAUUCUUCUCAGGUUUGGUCUGAGACUCCUGACUUGUUGGACAGUGAUGGUGAAAUAAAAGAAAACACUAGCUUUGUCGAAAGUGACAUCAAAGAACAAUCUGCUAUUUUUGACAAAGUUGGUAAAAAGUCUAGAAAAAGCUGUAGCCCUUUAGCCCAUAGAAAUCCCAGUUUGACUUGGAAAUCCCGAAGACAGGCCCGGAAACUGGAGUCCUCAGAAGAAGAUACCUCCAGUGAAGAGGGAGAGCUUCCAAGUUUUCGAGACUUAAUAUUUGGCAAAGCAGCAAGCACUCCCUCUCAGCCCACCAAAAAUAAAACUACUGCCAUAGAGCUUUCAGCAAACAAGGCAGAGGAGAAUCCAGCCUUCCUAAACAGAAAUAGGAUGAGUGCUAGCAAUCUUCACAUAUCAUCUAGGGAAGCAUCCCAGGAUGAUAAUUCCAGCCAAGAUUCUGAAUGUUCUGGUAGCUUAUUUUCUUCACAGUCUAAUUCAUUAGAAGACUUAACUGGAAAAGCAGAUGACAAGGAUUCUGCCUUGGUGUUUGGUUCUUCCAAACAAGGGAGAAGUCAGUCCAGAACCCAAGAAAUGCAGAGUGGCAGCAAGAUGCCCAAGGUUUCUCAAGAUGAGGGAGAAAGGGAAACUGACCUAGAUGAAGACCAUCACCUCAAGGACCAGGGUGUGGACGCAAAUUUAGGUGAUUCUGCAUCUGGGUAUGACAGUGAAACAAGCCAUCCUGGAGACAUUUCACAGCUAUCCUUUCAGAGUGAUAUUUUAACCACUCAGCAAAGGGACACCAUGCAAGACAACCUGAAAAAACUCCAACAGGAAAUGGCUGUCUUAGAGGCUGUCUUGGAGCAACAUGGUAGUCAGACCUCCAACAGGCCUACUUCUCAGGAACCUGGGCUGUGCCCUUCUGUGGACCAGCCAGGCUUGAAACAGACCAAAUCAGAAAAAGGAGCAGAGAAAACUGUUGAAUAUCACAAAAGCGAAAAUGCACAACGCCUUUCAGCAUACAACUCCCAAGCAUUUCCAGAGGAUUCCAGCAGUAAAAAUGAAGAACCAGGAGUUGAAGGGUCUUCCCUUUUGAAGUCCCAAAUGUUGAAUGGGGAUUGGAGCCUGCUUGGCCACUCCAGGAUUCUUCAAAAAGUAGAGUCCUCUUCUGAAGAGGGAAUCAGCAGGAUUGCCAUCCUGAAGGAAAAACAGCAGCGGCAACCUGAGGAACAAAGUGUGGUGGUGGAGCAGUCUUGUGUGCUGAAACCAAACCUCGAAACAGCCCCUGAGUCAGAAUCUGGAGUCAAAGUAUACCCUGAGAAGACCAAAUGCGGCCCCCAGGAAAAUAAGGAUACCACCCUAAGAAAUAUUCUUAAUCUGCCCACCUCAACUUCUGCACUGAGGUCAUCCCAGCUUCAGAUUGUAAAAAGCACCAACACUUCUGCUUCUAACACUCCUGCUCGCAGCGUGAGGGGGCAGCUGGAGGAGGCCUGUGCCUCAGAGAGGGUCAGAAAAGGAGGAACAGGCAUCCUCAGAAUGUCCUUUGUGGCAUCGAGUUUGACUCCCAAAGAACAUAUGCUAGUGCAGAAGUUUGCCAGGAAAACCCAGAGCACUCUAUCUAAUCAGUUUACUGAAGGGACCACUCAUGUCAUAAUGAAAACAGAUGCCGAGUUUGUGUGUGAGCGGACCCUGAAGUACUUCUUGGGCAUCGCAGGAGGGAAAUGGGUAGUGAGUUUUCUGUGGGUGGUGCAGUCUUUUAAAGAAGGCAAAGUGCUACCUGAGUGUGACUUUGAAGUCAGAGGAGAUGUCAUCAAUGGCAGAAACCACCGAGGCCCAGAGAGAGCAAGAGAAUCUCAGAGGGUGAAGAUCUUCAAGGGCCUGGAAAUCUGUUGCUAUGGACCAUUUACAGACAUGCCAACAGAUCACUUAGAGUGGAUGGUGCAGCUCUGCGGGGCCUCGGUAGUGAAGAAACCUUCCUCGUUGAGGCCCAGAGUGGGUUUUUCUCCAGUCGUGGUUGUGCAGCCUGACGCUUGGGAAGAUGACAGCAGUUUUCAGGGAAUCAGGCUGAUGUGCGAAGCACCCAUCGUGACCCGGGAGUGGGUGCUGGACAGCGUUUCCUGCUAUCAGCGCCAGGAGCUGGACUCCUACUUGAUGUCUCAGCCCUCCUCAGACUGCUGCUGAUCCCACCUGGCAGCAGGUAGAGGCGUGGUCUCCACGUAGCCUGCCGAGGCCGGCCCAGGGAGCCAGCCUCCCCGGGCACGCAUGGUUCCUUUCACUUGUCCUGUCCUUCUGCAGUCCAGAUUACAAAACAUUUUAUGUCAAUCAGCCUGGAAAGGGCUUCUGGAUAUAUGUAUGUGUGCCUUUUUAAAAGACUUUCUGCUUCAGUCUUCCUUUUCAAAUCUGCCUUGAGCACAAAAUGUAGUAAUUUGUCACCUGCAAAAGAAUUUAAAAGCAGAUUCUUCACAGAGAGAGAGAGAGAGAGAGAGCAAGAUGCUGAUUCAUUAUUUAUCACGACAGCCAUGUCCCUGUAUAUUUACUCCAGGGGAGCUUAGACACAUAGUCGUUUGUGAAAUCGACACCAGGUUUGGGGCUUAAGGUUUGGGCUUGCUCAGCCCCCGAGGAUCGUUUGUUCCCCUGGUUUAGCUGAUGUGGAUGGGGACGGGCUCAGAGCCUUCGUUGGAAGGAGACUUCCUAAGGAUCAGUGACGUGUCACUGGGCCGUGUGGAGGCAGCUCUUUGUUUCCUCAGCAUCCCGUGAAUUAUUUUAAAGAGAAUUUAGGGGGACAGAAAUGGCAUGGUUGAAAUUUUAGGGGUACAAUGUGCAGAAGUUUUGGAAAAACACCCUCCAAAAUCCGGCUUCUAGCUGGUUAAUCCCUAAAGAAACUCUUAGCACUGCUGUGCUGGGCCUAAAAGGAAUCACUUCUGUAAUUCACCCCUGGUAAUAAAUAAGAUAUUUAUGACCACAACUCUGAUAUAUAAUGUUAACUUAAAAAUAUAAGAUCUCUGAUAUAAAUAUUUCAUGUCUGUAAAAUGACAGAUCCCAAUAUGAGGGGUGAUAUUGCUUUCCUUGAGGUGAAAAAGAUGCUGAAUCACAUAGCUUCAUAAAUAAUUUUCCUUGCUGAAGAAAGAGAAAGUGUUUCCAUAAACUCAUUAUCCAAGACCAUUUAUAGCCAUUGGAAAGACUCGUUCUUCCCUAGAACUCCACUGUACCCAGGCAAUCAUGACUUGAUUGUGCAAAGUAUGUUUUGUAAAUAUUGUGAUCCUCAAUAGCAAAUAAACUUGAUGGCAAAUGCUUCUCCUAA